AUGGAUCCAGUCUCAAUUACAGGUCUUGCGGGCUCAAUAGUUGGUAUUGUCGAUGUCGCUGUCAGAAGCAUCAGCGCAUUGCGCGCUUUGCAGCAGCGACGGAAAACGGCAGACCUGACAAUCAGCCUUCUGAUAGGCCAAUUAACAGCGCUCAGAGCGGCAUUGAAUCAGAUCGAAGAGUGGAUUUCAACCAGCCUGAGCGCAUUCCAGCAUUACCAAUUGGUCAUGGACCUAGAAGCCUCCCUAGAGAGCUGCGAGGCCUUGCUCCUAUUCAUAAACGGGCAAUUGACUGGUCUCGACUGGAAUGACAGCAACGCUCUAUCCUUCGAGAAUAGAAUCAAGGCCGUGCUGCAAGAAAAGACUGUCAAAGAAUGCGCCACUCAUCUGGCAAAUCAGUCAACGGCUCUUAACUUGUUCCUCACAGCCCUGAACUGGAAAGUCAAGGACCGUUCAGUAGAGUCGCAAAAGGUAAUGAGCAUACUGUGUGAGGGGUGCUAUGACCCUGAACUGCGUAGAGGUCACAUAUACCAGAUCAUCUUGGAUACUAUCAGUGCCACCUUGGACAAGAUGGCGGAGCUAUCUUUGCCUUUGGGGCAUCUAGAGACCGAGACUCACCCUCAGAUAACUCUGUGUCAGCGAGGUCCAAUAAAUGGUGCCGGAAUGUCAGAAGAGCUAAGGAAAACGCUUGUCUCCUUGUGGGAUGAUCCGGGGAUGAAAGGAUGCUACCAGGACAAUAUUCGUAAUUUCCACAGCUAUCUAGACUCAAUUGCUCGGAUACUUGGCGCGGACUUCGUACCAAGCUUCGAAGAUGCCGCCAAGUCUCUGGUAAGCAGGAGCCGGCGCUCCGACGUCCUGACAUUACCAGUGAGUAUGAGUUCACGACGUUACAACUUCGUUACGUGGAAUCUACCCAAAGCCUCAUGCCGAAUUCCACCCGAUACUUCAUUGAGGAGUUGGCGGCAAGAGUUUGACGGUCUGGACGCUAUCAUAUUCAUGGCGGACAUGGCGAUCUACAAAAAUCGUUCCGCUGAUGGCGCAAUUGUGGAUGAAAUGGAUCAUACUCUGCAGGAUUUUCGCCGUGUUUGCAAAUUUGGGUGGCUAGCCGAGAGGGAUAUCAUCCUGUUCUUUUUGAAUGUUGGUGAGUACUCCACAAAGUCGUCCAAAGCUCACGGUCCGAGGCACAAAUACGGAGACCACGGGAGAAGCACUGCGGACGACAUCGUCAAGCGGUUCGUUUCCCUAAACGAGGAUGAGUCCCGAGAGAUACACGUAAUCUUCGCCCAUAAUGACGAGAGGGCCAAGAAUCUCGAAUGUCUUGAUGGGGCAGUGGGGCGGAUUUUGAGCAAGAAGGCGAUUGCAGCUCGAAACUCAUGA